CCUACAGGAUGCUGGAUCUCAACUCUUCAGAUGACAGCAAGAAGAACUCUCUGAAGGACCCUGUGUGCUUGAACGUCGGUGGAGAAAUCUAUACAACAACCUUAGACACUUUAACUCGCUGCCGUGACUCGAUGCUAGGCACCAUGUUCACCGGACAAGUUCCUAUGCUUAGGGACAGCUGCGGCAACAUUUUCAUAGACCGUGACGGUAAAGUGUUUCGCUACAUUCUGAAUUACCUGCGCUCUGGCUCUUUGGAUCUGCCAGAUGGCUUCACUGAACUCGCACUGCUCAGGAGAGAGGCAGAUUUCUUCCAGAUACCCCGUCUGCUGGAGGAGAUUCGUCACUAUGAGGUAUCGGUGCCUCUGGGCCUUAGAGGUGGGCCGCUAGGAGCCAUCAUGAUAGUAAAAGUCGACUCCAAGGUCCGUGUUCUCCAUUUUAACUUGCGCCAUGGGCCUGAAAACUAUGAACUCCGCACAUGCUCUGUACGAGCGUUCACAGUCGACCUCUUUUGUACCUGGAGGGCAUUUCUAGGUUUGCUUUGUGAGCGCUUCUCCUACAGGACACCCCAGGGUCUCAACAGCCCUCACCUAUGUCGUCCGAGGCAGAACAGACUGAAACUGGAAUGGGUGCCAAAGCCUGAUGAACUCCCACAGGAACAGUAUGACAAGCAGCAAUACAGGGGCCUAACUUUGUCUAGCCCUGAGGUCACGUGGUCGGAUGACAUGAUGAACAUGCACUACAGUCCCUGUGAAAUCACAGACAUGCAAGGCUUUUUGGAGGAGCUGUUGAAGAUAUCACUUGCUGAGGGGUUCAAGGUUGAUCUAGUCUCUCCUGACCCUGCAGAUAUUCUUAACUGCACUUCACUUCGUCUUGUGAAGUCGUGAGCACUGGAUGAAAGUGACUAGGAAAACCAGAACAUACCAAGAUAAUAAACUAUAGGAUAAGAUGAGAUAGCCUUUACUAGUCCUGGAGUUAAAUUUGAAGCAAUGAAUUCUCUAUGACAUGGAGUUAGAUUUACUGACACAUUAUGACUAGGAGGUCAUUAUCUGUGGUUCUUUUGCUAUCAUAGAGUUUACUAAAAAUAAUGCAAAAUGUGCUUUAUUAAUAAAAUGGUAAAUAAAAUGUACUUUUUUGUGGAAAUUCUGAUAUUGAGGAUACAACUUCAAAUUUUAGUUUGGGCUCUGUUUAAAAAUGGCAACUGUUUUUAAAAGUAGUGCAGUGUGAGUAGUACUAGAGCACACACCAAGGAAUGAUAAUAUUCAUAGCCUGUUAGUCACUCGGCUAAAUGUGUGACAUAUAUUGUGACUCACUUUACAACAGUGUUGGGAAGGUUACUUUUAAAAUGUAUUCCACUACAGAUUACAGAAUACAUGCCCCCAAAUCUAGUUUGUAA